AUGCGAGACUCAGGUUCGAAUCGCACCGAAAUCAAUUUGGCUUACGGCUACAGACAAUGCAUGUUGCCACGCGAAAUCUUUUCGUUACAAUUUGUUUCUUACUUUCUCGUUUUUUUUUUUUGUUUUUUACCUUCAUUUUUCUUUAUUUUUUUCAUGCCUUUCCUUUCUUUUUUCUUCUUCUCGGAAUCGCAUACUUGUUUUAUCUGCAUAAUGAGUUGUUUCUUUUCGUUCUGUUCUCGUUAUUUCUUUUUCCACCCUUUUUUUCGUCUUCAGUGUUUAUUUUUAUCUUCUUUUUAUGAUAUCUCGCCUUUUUUUUCAUUUCUUUCGUUUCUUUUUUUAUUCCUCGUUUUCAGAAUUUAUCGUUUCCUUUUUUCCACGCCAUUCUUCCUUCUCUGUCUUUUUUUUUAUUGCCUUCGCAUACGCUUCUAUCUACUUCAUUUUUCGUAUUUCUUUUCUUUCUGUUUUCACUAUUUCUUUUCUCCUUCUUUUUCUUUUGAGGAACUUUUCCUUUUAGCUUCUUUUUUUCUUUUUUCUUUUUUUUUCACGCCUUUCUUCCUUUAUUUAUUUACUUUUCUUUAUUCUAUUUUUCUUCUUUUAUUGUAUGUUUAUAUUUCUUUUCGUUCUCUUUCCAUAUAUUCUUUUCCCAUAUUCUCAUUUUUUUUUUUUUUUGCUUCUUUUUGCUUUCCCUAUUUCUUCUCAUUCUACCAUAUUUGCACUCCAGUUUUUCCAAUAUUUAUUCAGUCCCGUUUCCUCUUCGACGCCAAACUACUCAACCAACAAAGACUUCAAGAUUCUCUCACCAGCCCGGGGCCAUUAUCCCUAAUUAACACUCAAGGCAGUCACUUGUAA